AUGGGGUUGUACGACCGAAGCAGAAGCCAUAGUCCUCGUCACCAUCACAACUAUGAAGAAGAUUCACAUGGUGGCGCCACAGUUUUGGUAGAAGAUGUGAUGUCAGAGAUCAUUGCCACCAUGAUCAGGGUAGGGGACCUAGAAGCAGAAGUCCAGGACGCAAGGGAGGAUGAAGCAGAAGCCCUGGGGGAAAGGGAACAGGCAGAAUCUGAGACCAAGAAUGAAACUAGCAACAUUAAUAAUGAUAGCCCAAGCAACGGCAUUGAGCAGAAUGGUGAACAGUCUUAUGACCUUUAUCAGGAGCACCACCAGCCAGAGCAUGUGGAGUACAGGUACACUGUCCUAUGA